GGCCCCGGCGGGAGGAGGAGCCGCUCGUGCGGCCGCGCCGCCGGGCCCCGUCGUGCGUGCGUGCGUCCCUCCGUCCGCCUGUCCCCCAGUCAGUGCGCCCGGAUCCGCGCCAUGGCGUCUGGCGCGGUGCUACCCCGGCUGCUCGGCGCGGGUGUCCGGGCGGCGCCCCGAGGCCGGGCCGCGCCGAGAGGCAGGACGCUGGGGAGCGCCGCGGCCGCCGCUGCCCCCGACCCAGAGCGCGACAGCGAUCUCAGCGCCCGGAUCCUGAGCGAGCCCCUCAAGCACUCCGACUUCUUUAACGUCAAGGAGCUGUUUUCCGUGAGAAGUCUCUUCAACGCACGGGUGCACCUGGGCCACAAAGCCGGCUGUCGGCACAGGUUCAUGGAGCCGUACAUCUUCGGGAGCCGCCUGGGCCAGGACAUCAUUGACCUGGAGCAGACGGCCGCACACCUGCAGCUGGCCCUAAACUUCACGGCCCACGUGGCCUAUCGCGGGGGCAUCAUCCUGUUUGUGAGCCGCGCCCGGCAGUUCUCACACCUGAUCGAGAACACGGCCCGGAGCUGCGGCGAGUACGCCCACACGCGCUACUUCAAGGGCGGCCUGCUGACCAAUGCGCCCCUCCUGCUGGGCCCCCAGGUCCGCCUGCCGGACCUCAUCGUCCUCCUGCACACGCUCAACAACGUCUUUGAGCCCCACGUGGCUGUGAGGGACGCGGCCAAGAUGAACAUCCCCACCGUGGGCAUCGUGGACACCAACUGCAACCCCUGCCUCAUCACCUACCCCGUCCCAGGCAACGACGACUCGCCCCCGGCCGUGCAGCUCUUCUGCCGGCUCUUCCAGACGGCAGUCACCCGCGCCAAGGAGAAGCGCCGGCAGCUUGAGGCCCUGUACCGGCUGCAGGGCGCCCCAGGCCCCUGCCCGGCCGGCCGCGCUGCCCCGGGAGCGCAGGCCGGGCUGGGCCUGGGUGUUGCCGCCUGACCAGCCCGACCUCCUCCCAGAUGAGGAGCAGCCUGUCCCGAGCUGGGCGCGCCUCGCCCCGCCAAGGUUCUGGGCACCUCCAGGCCUUCCAGGCUUUGGGCCCCUGCUGCCAGGAGUGCGCUCAGCAGCCGCCCGCCCCGGGGGCUCACCUGGCAAGGGGCCUGUCCGAAAAAGACCCCUCGGAAAACACCGUGUCCCCGGAGCGUGAAGUGCUUGUGUCCACCUUGAGAUGAGCCCUUUGUGUUCGGAGCGAUCACACAGCAGCAGGUCGACUCCAUGACCGGGGUCGGGCUGCUGUCUGGUCACCUGGUUUCAGGGGCGGUUUCAUAAUGUGAGGCUGCAGGGUGAGCGGUUCAGAGGGUCCCAUCUGGGCUGGACCAGGCUGAGCAAAGCAGACAGCAUGGUUGCAACAGAAAUAAAACUUGGAUCCGGGCAGGGUGGCGUCCGGGCCCCUGG